AUGGUUCUGCCGCCGCCUGAUAAGCGGCACGUGUGUCUGACCACCAUUGUGAUCAUGACCAGCAUGGCGUUCAUGGACGCCUACCUGGUGGAGCAGAACCAGGGGCCGAGGAAGAUCGGGGUCUGCAUCAUCGUGCUGGUGGGCGACAUCUGCUUCCUCAUCGUGCUGCGCUACGUGGCGGUGUGGGUGGGCGCCGAGGUGCGCACCGCCAAGCGAGGCUACGCCAUGAUCCUCUGGUUCCUCUACAUCUUCGUGCUGGAGAUCAAGCUCUACUUUGUCUUCCAGAACUACAAGGCCGACCGGCGGAACCUAGAGACGGUGGCGCGGAAGGCGCUGACGCUCCUGCUGUCAGUGUGCGUUCCGGGGCUGUACCUGGUGCUGGUGGCCCUGGACAGCAUGGAGUACGUGCGCACCUUCCGCAAGAAGGAGGACAUGCGGGGCCGGCUGUUCUGGGUGGCCCUGGACCUGCUGGAUGUUCUGGACAUCCAGGCCAACCUAUGGGAGCCGCAGCGGACGGGGCUGCCCAUCUGGGCAGAAGGACUCAUGUUCUUCUACUGCUACAUCCUGCUGCUGAUCCUACCUUGCGUGUCCCUGAGCGAGAUCAGUGUGCAGGGCGAGCACGUGUCGCCGCAGAAGAUGAUGCUCUACCCGGUGCUCAGCCUGGUGACCAUCAACAUCGUGACCAUCGUCAUCCGCGGCGUCAACAUGGUGCUGUUCCAGGACAGCCGCGUCUCCACCAUCUUCAUCGGUAAGAACGUGGUGGCCAUCGCCACCAAGGCCUGCACCUUCCUGGAGUACCGCCGGCAGGUCAAGGAGUUCCCGCCGCCGCACCACGACCCCGCCGCCGGCAUCGCCAUGGAGCUCCAGCAGAACUCGGUGGCGCACAACCAGAUGCUGCCCAACGCCACCACCACCAGCCUGCCCGAGGAACCCUCGCCGCCCGCCGAGGUCAUCGACACGUGA